AUGGAGGCGAAUGCAAACGCCAACCCGCACCAGUCGCUCCUGUCACCGGGUCAUGUGGUGAAGGAGCGGUGGCGCGUGGUGCGCCGAAUAGGCGGCGGCGGCUUCGGCGAAAUCUUUGAGUGUCUUGACAUGCAAACUCAACUACACGUUGCUCUUAAAGUAGAGUCGACUCGUCAACAGAAACAGGUGCUUAAAAUGGAAGUGGCCGUACUGAAGAAGCUGCAGAGCACCAAUGCCAACGUCUGUCGAUUCAUUGGUUGCGGCCGUAAUGAACGCUUCAACUACUGUGUCAUGUCCAUGCUAGGCAAAAACCUGGCCGAGCUACGGCGCUCAGUGGUCCAAAUAAACCAGAAACCGGCAUUUAGUCUUUCAACGGCCCUCCGUUUGUCGCAACAGAUUCUUCACUCCAUUCAAGCCAUUCACUCCAUUGGAUUCCUUCACCGUGAUAUUAAACCAUCUAAUUUUGCUAUGGGUCGCACAGAGAGCACCUUGAAGAAGGUGUACAUGCUUGACUUUGGUCUCGCUCGCCAGUACGUCAUUUCAAACACUAACGAAGUUAGGCCACCUCGAGUGGCCGCCGGCUUCAGAGGCACCGUUCGAUAUGCGUCAAUCAAUGCGCACAAAAACAAAGAGAUGGGUCGCCACGAUGAUUUGUGGUCCCUCUUUUACGUCCUCAUUGAAAUGGUCAACGGGUCGCUGCCAUGGCGUAAAAUUAAGGACAAGGACUCAGUCGGUCUGAUGAAGUCGACAUUUGAUCACCGUUUACUGUUGAAGCACUUGCCGCAAGACUUUAAGCAAUUCCUCGAACACAUCGAGUCACUUACCUACACCGACACUCCUAAUUACCAAUUACUGAAUUCCAUAUUUGACCGUAGCAUUAAGAGAAGAAACAUCAAAGCGGAAGACCCUUACGAUUGGGAGCUGAUUAGCCAGAAUCGGGAUGCAAACAAUGAAAACAAUGAAACUUCAAUGGGCUACUAUUCGGAUAACAACAACAAAGUGAAGAAUGUGUACGCCAAAAGUGCGGACGGCGGUGCACGGUCAAAUAAUGCCGCAAAUGCUGUCUCAUCAGGCAACGUGGCUGGAAAUAAUGCCAACUUUGCCAACUUUCACAAUGCUAGCAGUCCAAAUGAAGCAAAGUCGGUGAUGAACAAGAUGAGCAACCUCAACUUGAACAUCACCAACAAGGACGUCUCUCUAGUCACUCAAAUGAACGCCUGUGCGGAAGACUUAUCACUGAAGCCAAAUGCGACUGACAUUGAAAACAAGCGCAAUGUCACGCAGUACUGUGUCUCGAACAUGUGGGAGAAAAGUGUGGCCAAUGAUGAGAACGACUGCCCAGACAAUGAGGACAAUGACGAUUGUGAUCCGGUGAAUGUGCCCAAUGACAAGUCAACGGAAUGUGCGCUAAAUCAAAGUCGAGCUAGUCGCGAAAAGAUAUCGACCAGCGCUCUCGAAAACCCCGAAGCAUUCCGAGCUAGUUCAGCAAAGUACGGCGGCAGUACUCAACGCCGCGAAUCGACGGAGAAGGACAACUGCAAAGGGGAAGGCGCCUGUUCUCAAUACUACUGCUCACAGAAUGGCUACUUCAGCACGGAGGCUGCCGAUAAUCUUCCCUGUGCUGAUCAUCUGGCCGCGCCACUGUGCAAUAUGGAGCAGUCUGCGGCAGACCACGGCAGUCAGUGCGGCAACUACCCGGUCUCGCAGAUUAAGCCCUCCAACACGUACCCCAUUAUCAAAGACCUGAACAAGUUGCGUUCGAUGAGUCUGCCAUCGAUGGCAGUGGCCGCCUUGGGAGGCGACGAGAAGGCGGAUGAGGCCAACUUUCAGGUGAAUGGUACCUUCGACAAGAAGUACGAUGAUGACGGAGAUAACGGCGAUAACGGCGGUGGCUACAGCAACAAUGAAAACAACUACAACUGCAACAACAACAACUGUCACGACUGUAAUCAGUCCAAUUCCUCACACCGAUUCAUGCGCAACAAUUACCUGAAUCCAGGCCUGAAUGGCAGCAGCAGCAAUACCAAUGAUGGUUGCACCGAGCGGGAGUACGCCAUUCGAGA